AACGCCAGCUUUACGUACCGCGUCAUCAGCCCCUGCGUGCUCGGUUGCUUGGCAACCGCAGACAGAAAACUAGAAGCCAGAGGAGCGAAAGAGACUUUAGUGAGUGUUUAAAGAUUUCAAACCAGCCUCCUGAGCCAAGAUGCCCCGCUCUGCAGCCAAGUCCCGCGCUGACAAGACUAAGCGUAGGUCACCUGUCCCGGUGGUCGCACCCCCUACGCAGGAAUUGGAAGAGGAAUAUAUUAUCUCUGGUCGCUUCACUAAGACCCAGUGGAUGGACAUGUUGAACCAGGAGGAAGCAGAUGAGGCAGUUGGGGAGAUCAUGGAUGAACUGAUGAGCAGGGUCAUGGAAGGCUGUUUAAAGGUGCACAUUGAAAGACAGCUUCCAGCGUACACUGCAUCCUGGGCCAAGAGUUACCUCACACAGAUACUGGAGCAGAGAGUUAUGUGCCUAGAUGAAGGAGAUGGACCAGAGGAAGGAUCCAGAACAGAAGACUCAGAGCCUAUUCCAUCACCUUCACAUGCUUGGGCUCCAGGAUGUGUGCCUGUUGUAAAUCCUACCCCUCCACCACACCCCAUCUCCAAAGAGGUACUCUUGCAGGUUGACACUGGCCAGGUCCCAGUACAAACAAAGCCAAGAGUCAACCAGCAAUGUAAUGUCAUGGCCCAAACAAACAGCUCUCCAAAGCAGUCUGAGAAGGAAACAGGUCCCAGAAGGCCUGUCAGGGACAGGCAUUAUAAAGUACUUAGUCCUUGCCCUUCACCAAAAAUUGAUCAAAAGAAAAAGCAGCAGAUUAAUUUAGCUCCCAAGCCUGUUCCAAGCAAACUACUGCCACCCCUAUCCGGUUCAGCAGAAAAAAGGAAUGUGAGGGUAGAGGCUAAACCUAGCACCAAGAAACCAAGCGAACUACCCAAAGUAGGACCAAGGUAUAGCAAGCAGCAAACUGAGCAGACAGUAACCUCCCUGAAGCCAGUGACCAGCUCCAAGGAUCAGCCAGAGGACUUUAGGAGGAGAAACGAAGCAGAUCUCAGGUUGAAGAAAUUGUCUCCUUCUAUACAUCCAAAGUACCAAUCCAUACCAAAGCUUGAUCCCUCUUGCCUGCCUCGACACUGCAUCCCAAUUCAGUAUGAGAUUUUGGAUAACGACACCAAACCCAGACACAAGAAACCAAGUGGACUAUCCAAACUAGAGCCAAGUUAUAGCAAGCAGCAAACGGAGAAGACAGUAACCUCCCUGAAGCCAGUGACCAGCUCCAAGGAUCCGCCAGAGGACUUUAGGAGGAGAAACGAAGCAGAUCUCGGGUUGAAGAAAAUGUCUCCUUUCAGACAUCCAAAAGAAGAAAUGAUGUACUCUGGGCCUCUGAGGCUGGAUACAAUGAAGUUGGCCAAGGGUGUUUCUCUCCUGGAACCCCAAGCAGUUGACAUAAACCCUCCUCGUCAGUCUAACAACCUGAAGCCAAUACGAAGUAAACCAUCUGUGCCACUGUAUUCAGUUGAAGAGCUUACCUCAGGUCCAUCACCUCGAGUCAGACCAUCGUAUCAGUCCGAGAGCAUCAACACUUGAUUCUAAAAAAAUGUGAUGAUACGUGUCUGUAGCCAUAUUUAGAGCAGAAUGAACUAUAUGUUAUUGAAAUAAAAGGUUCUGUGGUAGCUGGCAAUGUGUAAAUAAAAUAUAUGUAUAAUAUAAUACAAUAUAUAUGUAUUUCCAUUCCUUUGAUAUUAAAAUAUAAAUGCA